ACAGUGUGGUUUUUGGUCUGGAGAGGAUAGUACAGUGCUAUAGGAGCUGGGACGAGGGGGCUGGGCGCUUUCACUCCAGGGAUGUGCCCCAGUCCUCGGAGUGUAGGGCUGCAGCCCCACACUCGCUGUUUCAGCUUUCAUUGUUCCAAAAGACAGUGUGUGUUUUGGGCUUCAAAGGACAGAGUACGAUAAGAGCUGGGACCAGGGGGCUGGGCGCUUACACUCCGGGGCUGUGCCCCAGUGUAGGGCUGCAGCCCCACACUCGCUAUUUCAGCUUUUCCUGCUCUAGCUCUCCUGUACUCAGGUGUUGGAGUCAGGAGUGUGGGCACUUUCAGUGCGAGCACAGACCUGUCUGCAGAGAUAGGGCUGUGGAGGGAGUCCCCGCUGCACUUGUGAGACCAAAGGUGCAAUGAUGGCUCUUGCUACACCACCCCAGUGGUGCCAGCCGGCCACUGGCGCCUUCCGGUUCUCAGAACCAUGCUUAUUAAGCCCGGGUGUGCUGCUGCCUGUCCUCUGCCCGUGGACUCAGCAAUAGCAGAGCCCUGUACCUCUGCGGUGUGUGUCCAGCGGGGUUCGGAGCUGCUGCACGGGGUUGUGGCAGCAGUGCCUGAAGAUAAUACAGUAAGCAUUGAUCCUAGUCCUGCAUCAUUGGAAUUGGUGACAUGUUUGCUUAUCUUUGGACUGCUUGCUGUUGUCUUAUUACUUUGCAGAGUCUACAGAUCAAUUCAAAGCCGAUUUUAUGUGGUAAGGGAGCAAAAACUGGCUCUCGAACUUUCUGUGCUACUGAAAGAGAAAUGUAAACUACUUGAACAAGUGAGCCUUGCUCAGAAGGAAUAUGAAGCAUUAGAGUCAUCUUUAAAGGAGGCCAACUUUGACAAGGUGUCAACAGACGCACAGAGUUUGGAGGCAACCUAUAAAAAUCUAGAAAGAGAUAAAUCUCAAUCUGGUGAUGAACUACUAAUUUUAGAGAAGAAACUAGAAGAGAGAACUAAGCAUCAUGAACAAGAUGAAUUGGUGAGUCCUGUGUAUUCCAAGAGAAUUGAGAAUCUUACACAUUAA